GCUGGAGCAUUACGUGAUAUCAAGGCUAUUUUAGAUGAUACAGCAUACCAUUCUGAUGAAAUCUCAGGAACAGAAGACGAAAAACACCAUGUAGUUAAAGUGUUAGAUCAUCCAUGGCAAUCUGAUAAAGUACACUAUCCAGAUUGGUGUAAAUCAAUUCUUUACAAUAAUAAUGAAAGUAAUAACAAGUGUGACAAAAAUGAUAACAAAGAUAUUGAUAAAAGUGACAACGACAAUAAUGAUAGUGAUGAUAAAAAUAGUAGUAGUAGCAAAAAGGAUGGUGAUGACGAAGAGGAUAUUUAUGACAAAGAAGAUAGUGAUGACGAAGAAGAUAGUAACAACGAAGAAGAUAGCGAUUAUGAAAAGAACAGUGAUGACGAAGAGAGCAGCAACAAUGAUAAAGGUAGUGACAACAAAUGA